AUGCUCUCGCUGAUAAGGUUCUUGGGAACUCGCAAAAGACUUGUGCAUACGGGCUCAAUUAGCUCUACUAGAGCGGUCGCCAACUUUUUGCAGCAUGAGUGUCUCAAUCCAAUACGUAAUGAGCUACCGUCUCACAGCAAAAUAGAAAGCCCUUAUGAGCUUUCUAAGUGGCUAAACGAGAUAAUGGCUAGGUCUUACCUGUCAGACGAAGAGGCUUCAGCGAUUCAUAAUCGUCUGAUUGAAGAAUUAUGUCAGCAUGAGUACGGAAUCAGUCAAAUUCAUGCAAAGAAGCUACGAGAGCUGAGACAACCUCUCAGUGGCAAAUCAAUUCUUGAAAUUGUCAAGAACAAUCCUGGGCGAGUCUCUACUUCAUGGGAACUUCUGUUGAAACAUUAUGAAUCUUUGGCACUGCUUCCAGAUGAAUUGCUGAAUUCUGCUCUCGAAAACACUGUCCUCUCCAUCGAGACAAAAGAUACAGAAAAUCAGGACCUCCCAAGUAUGGUUCAAAGUAUCAUACUAUUGAAUAAUAUACGGGACAAGAAACUGGUCGGUCCUAGCAUCGUCGAAAAGUUGGUAGCUGAUAUCCUCGAAACAGAUGCUACAUGCCUUCUUUCUACAUUGUUAGCUGAGCAUGACUUUCCAAUAACGGUCUUUGAGCAGCGUAUGGAUGUCUUGUCUGAUUAUCAAAUCUACCUGUUGGCAAAGAAUUGUCCCUUUGACCUGCUGAGUAAGAACGAAGAGCUGUUACUUCUUGCUGUUAAUGUCAUGGGUAAGAAGACCAAGGUUCACCUGAAUGAGAGAGAAACCCAGAAGGCAAAGGAAGUACAAGAAUGUUUUUCUAGAGUCAAAGACGAUAUACCUGAGAACUGGAAAGUUGAGAAGAUCGCAACGAGGCCCAUUGAAAGUGCUGCAGAGUUUAUUAGACUUUUUGAGCAAAUCAAAGCCGAGAGACUUGAUGAAAGAAACUUGAAACUUGCCAAAAAGCUCUUAAGAAUCUUUGGUGUGUUUAGGGGAAAUACCAAAAUCUCUUUGGAGCUCUAUCACUCGUAUCUCAUAAGAUAUCCGGACGAUUCAAGAGAGCUUAUGUUUGAGACGUUUCUAGCGCUCGCAUAUCAAAGUUAUGAAACUGGAAACAAAGAAUUGCUUGGAUACGCGGAGGCUUUUAUCCCAGACAAUGCAGGCCAGAGCAUGCUGGCCAACAUCUACAGGGUUUUAAUUUUAGUGAAAAGCAGAUUUGACAUUGAGCACAGUUUACAGCUUUACAAUGAAAACAUAGAAUCAUUAAGCAAAGAAAAUGACAGCAACACAAAUAUCGCCCCCGCUGGAUUAGUAGCUGAAGCGCUCAUUCUUUCAUAUUUGUCACAAAAUGACCUUGAUUUCGCUCGUGUAAUUUUUGAUGGAUCUGUAAGAGAGAAGUUGGUGUCAGGCCCCACAGCUAUCAAGAGGAUCAAAAGAUAUAUGGCUCUGUACGGUGAGACAGUUGAAGAAGGCAAGACACAAGAAACAAUGAAACGCGAAGUACAGGAAAUGCUCAGGAAUAUAUGA